AUGUCCAAGUUUAUUUCAAAAUUCCGUCAGCUACAGGCGCGCACUUUGAGCCGCGAGUGUUGCCAUGAGAAUUUGCGCGUCACAAAAUUCGGCUGGGACGCGACCAUCUGCGCGGUGAAUCCUAAAUUUGUGGAGUCGGUGGGCGGUGGCUCGUUUGUGGUCAUACCCUGCGCCCGUGUGGGUCCCCUGCCCAUGGACUAUCCGACAGUGAGCGGACAUGGCGGCUGGGUGCUGGACAUUGCCUGGAGUCCGCACAACGAUAACAUUAUUGCCACGGGCUCCACCGAUGGUGUGGCACGUGUCUGGGCCAUACCCGAUGCCGGACUGUCUGAGCCACUCGAGCGGGCUGUCGUUGAUUUGAAAUUUCACAAAGGACGCUGCUGCCUCGUGCUGUGGCAUCCGUCGGCCCUCAAUGUGCUGGUCACCGGCGGCUCGGACAAUCAGCUGGCCAUCUGGAAUGUGGGCACGGGACAGCUGCUCAAGCUGCUGGACACGCACCCGGCCCUGGUGUACAGUGCGUGCUUCAAUUGGAAUGGAUCCCAGCUGGUGACCAGCUGCCGUGACACAAUGCUGCGUGUCCUCGAGCCACGCACGGGCCAGCUGCUCGGCUCGGCGGUGUGCCACGAGGGCGCGCGUCCCACUCGACGGCUGUAA